AUGACAGGACAAGUAAAAGCAAAUUAUUUAUCAUCUGUAAGAUCAAUUCUAAAGACUGUUACAAUAGCAUUAGCUGCUGAUGAGUUCGAAGAGGUAUUUCAAGAUGCAGUGGAUAUUUCAACUGAAAAAGAAAAAAUAGUAGUCGAUGGUAUUCGAACGUCUACUCGUUGUAAACCUGAAGUACUCGUGAUGCAAAUGCACGAAUUAAAAGUGAACGGAAAAUUUUACUUUACAGUUUCAGAAUUUCUAACUGCAAGUCAAAUCAGGUCCUUUUUUUCUCGUGAGAAAGCUAAACGUCAGAAACUUUAUCUGAGUGAAAUUGAUAUGGAUGGUCAAGAAGAUGAAUCUUUUCAAGAUGAACUUGCACUAGAAGAGAUUUUAGAUCAAGAAGCUUUGCGUCAAAUUUGUACUAAAGUAUCUGAUGAAGAGGAGCAGACAGAAAAUACUGUGCAACUAACUAGGGGUGUCAAACAUAAUGCUUCACAACAUGAUUUAUCGGACAAAAAACGUUCUUCUUUCAAGAAAAAAAGCGUAUAA